UUCCACCAACCUUAAUAGUCAUUGUCCAGUUUCUUGUUUGCAAAGUUCCAUUCUUGUUCUUGUCUUUAUAAAUAGCCACUUCCCGCUGCAUUAAGAACCUGGAAUCUAACCAUUCUUCAUCUUGGUAUUUCCACAGGCAUUAGAGAGAAAAAAAAAGAGAGAGAGAAUAUCCCAAGAAGCAAUAUGGCCUUACAACAGCUUUUUCAAGAGCAAAUAGCAGAAACUACCUUUGAUGAACGCGAUAUUUCCUUGGAGAAGUGGAAGAUAGUUGAUGAUAAGCAAGAAGACAAUCUGUCUCGAGGUUUUGAGUGUAACAUUUGCCUGGAUCUUGUACAGGAUCCUGUUGUUACGUUAUGCGGUCACCUCUAUUGUUGGCCUUGCAUCUACAAAUGGAUACAUUUCCAGAGCAUUUCUUCUGAAAAUACCGAUAACCAACAGCCACAAUGUCCUGUUUGCAAGGCUGAAGUCUCAAAGAAAACGUUGAUUCCACUAUAUGGUCGCGGCCAAGCUACAAAACGAUCUGAAGGCAAGGCCCCGAAUCUUGGUAUAGUCAUUCCACAAAGGCCUCCUAGUCCGAGAUGUGAGGGCCACACACUGGUGGCAGCUAAUCAUUCAUAUCCAUCGCAGCAACUUCAUUAUCCACAGCAGUCUCCAACACAUCAAACUUAUAUGACUGAACCUAUGCUAAGCCCCGGUGGCACGUCAACAGGGGAAAUUGUUUAUGCACGGAUGUUUGGAAAUUCAUCGGCUACUUUGCAUACAUAUCCAAGUUCAUAUAAUCUAGCAGGGACUAGAAGUCCAAGGUUACGAAGGCAACUGUCACAGGCUGAUAGAUCACUUAGUAGAAUCUGUUUUUUCUUGUGCUGUUGUUUAGUGACAUGUCUUAUCUUGUUCUGAUGACCACCUUCUCUGCUUGCUCAUAGAUUUUAAAAGUAUUUAGUACUGCAAUAGAUGAUGAAUAUACAGCUUUUAUCAACUUAACAUACGAUCACCUGGUUUUUUGCACUAAUACAGUCAAAAACUAGACAAGCUCCUGGGAUUCCUGUCAUCCAUGAAAGAGAACUCCUAGUACCUGUACUCUUCAAUGUAACUUGUGAAAACAAAAUAUGAUUCUAGUUUACUAAUCUUAUGAUAAGUUAGGUCUCAUUCAUGUGAUGAAGGAAGCUGAGAAUGUACACUUGACUUGAAUUGCGGGAUGAAUAGAUGUUAAUGAUGAUGAAUAAAUCUUUUACGUGCUGUCA